GCUUCGAAGAAGUUGCAAUCAAUCUCCGAACUCCGCGGGUCAUUAUCCGCAAAGGCACCGCAUCGACAGACACAGCAAGGGCCCAGUGUGAAUCUGCUGGAGGAGCAAAUCCAGUUGCGGCAGCAAGAGCUGGCGUUCAAAGAGAAUCAAGCCAGCGAGGCUGAGGCCUGGGUG